AUGUGCAUUGAUCAUAAUAGCCUUAACAUUGAUAUUGGUGAGAAAUAUGAUGAUGGAAGCAAAAAUAAAUUAGCAUAUCAAGAAAAAUAUGCGCAUGAAUUGUUAGUUACAUAUUUGAAAUCCAAAGGAUUUGAAGUAACUCCAAAUGCAUAUGGAAUCGAAACAGCUUUUACUGCAGAAUUUCAAUCUAAAUCUGGAAAAGGAAAAACAGUGUCAUUUAAUUCUGAAAUAGGUCAUGCAUGUGGUCAUAAUUUAAUAGCAAUAAGUGGUGUUGCUGCUGCAAUUGCUGGCGCUUACGAUAAUGUUGAUAUUUCUUUAAUGGUUCAUCCAAGCGUUAAUGAUGCAGUAUAUAUGAGUUUUCUCGCAUUAAGACCUGUCACUGUAGAAUAUUUUGGAAAGAAUGCACAUGCUUCAGGGGAUCCUUGGAAUGGCAUUAAUGCAUUAGAUGCUAUAAUUUCGGCUUAUAACAAUAUUUCAUUGCUGAGACAACAAAUUUUGCCUACUGAUAGGAUUCAUGGAAUUAUUAAAAAUGGUGGAGAAGCUCCAAACACUACUGGGACUAAAGUAAAAACUAAUUGGAAAAGAGGAGUUUAUGCUACAAGAUAUGAAUAUUAUUUAACCAAAGUAUUUGGUAAAAAAUUCCAACCAAAACAUGAACAAUUAGCAUUACCAAGUGGCUCAACUGAUCAAGGUAAUGUUACGUAUGUAGUACCUGGUAUACAUUCAGUAUAUGAUAUACAUGCAUUACCUGGCGAUUUCAAUCAUACGAUAGGAUUUACUAGAGCUGCUAAAACUAUUUUGGCACAUGAGGAAACCAUUAUGGCUUCUAAAGGUAUUACUUUGGUUGGUUUGGAUUUUUUGAUUGAUGAUGAAUUUUCUAAAGAAGUAAAGAGGGAUUUUACUGCAGUUGAUCAAAAAUAA